AUGUUUUCAUUGGUAGAUAUUGAACCAGAAAUAAUAAUACGAUCAGAUCAUGGAUCGGUACACGAUAUUCAUGAAAUAGCCGGCAAACUUAAACACCGUUCUGCGUGCUCUAGUUGUUCUGCUAGUAUUGUGUACUUAUUUGAUUGGUGCAGUGGAGAUCUGAGACAUCAGAAUAUAUGUCUCUAUAGCUUAUGGGGUGUACUUAUAUGCGACCACGAUAUAGUUGAAGAAGACGCUUUAGACGAAUUAGCAGACGAGUAUCUGAAUUUUUGGCAGGCUGAAAAAUGGCUUGGUUAUGAAGAUAGAGAAGGAAUACAUAUGUGUUCAUUCGUGCAAGAAAUAUAUUCAGGUUACUGUGGAAACAGCCGUGACAUGGCUAAUGCUUUGAAAAUGUUUGCCGAUAUGAUAGAAGAGGACCCAGACUACUUGAAAUUCAAGCCGUAUAUUAGGGAAGUAUUUGAACGAACAGUUCACAGUUUGAGACUAGUGUCUGAAGCUGGUGACCCACAUGAAGGAACUCAGAUGCAUUAUAUUUUCAGUAAAAUUGAGUUAACUGAUUUUACAAUAGAACUAUAA